UCUGUCACUUCUGUCAUGUCAAUGUCAAGAGUGUGAUUUAACGUAUUGUCAUUGAAAUUGUUCGGAAAUACAUAAAAAUCUUUGAAUAUUUCUGCUUGUUUCGUCGUAAUUAGAGCAUAAAUAAGUUCAUUAAAUGCGCAGAACAAAAUUUCCAAUUUCAACAUCACGGAGUGUCUUUGUUAUACCUAAAACAUCGUCGAUGAACAUUAUGACAUCUGUUUGUUUUGAUCCUGAGUUGAUUUAUUAAUUAAUUUGUAUCAGUUAAUUAAUAGCACGGUGAAAAUGGAAGCUGGGGAAUGGAGGAGGAAUAUUAUCAGCCAAUUACAGGCUAGAAAUAAAUAUGAAACAGCGGCAUUUCAAGACAUUAUAGCUUUUCAAAGCCGACUGUUUGACAAUGUAAACACAUUAAAGAAUGAGAAUCUACAGUUAACAUUGCUCAAUGAAAGAAUACGGUUUACGGGAGCUGAAAGUGUUAGUGGAACUGGAAAUGCCAGCAAUGAAAGGAUACAGGCUCUUGAGCAAAAAAUCUUAGCGCAGCAAGAAGAACUUACUUCUAUGCAUAGGAGAAGAGGGGAGAAUGCACAGCAGAUUAUGAGUCUGAAUGAAAAAGUACAUGAUUUAGAGAAACAACUUCAAGCUAAAGAUAUUAUAAUUUCAGAAAACACAGCGGUGAUAGCGUCUUUGCGGGCUGAAAUUCAAAUGUAUGAAACAAAUAUGUCAGAAUUGCAAGGACUAAAUCAAGUAUUAAGGGAUGAACAUCAAGCCUUACAGAUCGCAUUUGCCUCAAUAGAGGAGAAAUUGAGGAAAGCACAGGAUGAAAAUCGAUCGUUAGUUGAGAGACUCAUAAAAUACAAAGCUAAGGAUGCAGAUAAAAUGAAUGAAGAAAAUGAACAUUUCCUCAAGUCAAGCAACCCUACCGCGUUUUUCAUCAACACGUUUGGUAGAGUUAGUUUCGGAAAGAAAAGUGAUAAGGUGCGGAAAGAGUUGGAGGAGGCAGCUAGAGAGAGUGGUAGUAGGAGUAGUGGGUCGGGCAGUUCUGAAGACAAAAUAUUGGACUCGAUGCCGUAUUUCGCAACUAUUUUGCCGAAUAAAGUUGCACUGAGAUUUGAUGCUCAUGACGGUGAAGUAAAUGCAGUGAAAUGGAGUCCAACGGACAGAAUUGUUGCCACAGGUGGAGCUGAUAGAAAAGUCAAAUUAUGGGAUGUUACUAAAUGUAUGGUGGAAACAAGAGGUACACUAGUAGGAUCGAACGCGGGAGUCAUGUCAGUUGACUUCGACUCAACGGGCGCAUACAUCGUAGGAGCUUCUAAUGACUUCGCCAGUCGCGUGUGGACAGUCGCCGACCAGCGGUUAAGGCACACGUUGACGGGUCACAGUGGCAAGGUAAUGGCUGCUAAAUUCCUCGGUGAGCCCACGAAAGUAAUCACAGGGAGCCACGAUCGAACACUUAAAAUAUGGGACCUUAGAAGUAAAAUGUGUACCGAGACAAAGUUCGCGGGGUCGUCGUGUAACGACCUGGUGACGUCAGACGGGGCCGGCUCCACCAUCAUCUCGGGACACUUCGACAAGAGGAUCAGGUUUUGGGACAUUCGCACCGAGAUGUCCGCCAAUGAUAUAAUGCUGCAAGGAAAGGUCACCUCGCUUGAUCUCAGUAGAGACAACAAUUACCUGCUGGCGUGCGUUCGGGACGACACAAUACAACUAAUAGAUCUGAGGAUGAAUACCAUCGUACGUUCUUUCAGCCACGAGUCGUUCAAGGUAGGGUGCGACUGGUCGCGGGCGGCGUUCGGUCCGGGCGGGCGACUGCUGUCCGUCGGCGCGGCUGACGGGGCCGCAUAUGUAUGGAACACACAUUCCGGACGACUCGAAACUAUACUCAAGGAUCACACGUCGGCAGUAACGGCGGUGUCAUGGCAUCCUCAGUCUGGAUUACUGGCGUCUGUAGAUCGCGGCAAGCGCGCAGUCAUCUGGGGAGAUUUGUGACAAGCCUGGGAGGCGCCCCUGCCUUCGCCACCACCCGUACAGGUCGUCAAGGAAGAUGAUAAAAGGGGAGCCGAGAAUGAUUCAGGAGAAAUGUUCGAUUUUUUGCUAGGUAUCACCACGGACAUAUUUCAUCGAUUCACGUAACGAAAACAAGCAAUAUCCACUACUAAAUUGAAUGCGUCCGUCACGCGUCACAUUUCGUAACGGACGAAUACGGAUGUAUCGCGUGCUAACUAAAUGGAAAAACUGAUCGAUGACAGCGAAUAAAUGUCAAAUAAAACUGUUUCUAUAUUUUUGUGAUUAUAAAUUUUAUUAGAAUUUGUAAAUAUGAUGAGGUGCUACGUACAUGUUUCAGAUCUUUUAUUGUCAAAGUUAUAAUAACAACGCGUUGAAGCUUCAAACCUCAAUGAAUACAAAUUACCUCAAACCCUAUCAAAAUUCAGCCGGUCGAUGUAUCCAUGCUUGUGUGAGAGCUUCAACGUCAAGUGUUGGGCGAACUGAAGUGUAGUGCGGUCUGGUGGCGAGCCUUCACCAAUUUAGAAUGUAAGCUGUCUUCCGUCAAUUGUACCUAUAGUUUGAUUUUCCAUUCCUGUAUAAAAUCGUGUGCAUUGUUCUGUGCAUUUUAAAGCUGGAAAUCGUGCACCGGACAAAGCAAUGCGAUAUUUUAUAAUGCAAGCUCUGAAUGUGCGUUUGUGGCGUGAACCUUUCACCGCGUUGCGAUUUUUACGUUUAUGUUGUAAGUAAUUAUGUGAACUUUGUAAUAGUGUUAAAUAAGUUAGUGCUAGAACUGUUACGUCUCUCAAGGUAACGAUAGGAAUUAUAAAGAGAACAAAAGCCGUGUAACUUGCUAGUUGAUAUAUCCAUAGCGUAUGUUAUCCUAGUACCUACUGCGACGUUUAGGAUAAAUUAAUGGGACUCAUUUGUUAUUGUCAACAUGACAUCAUAUUUGUUUUAGUUAACUGAGUUAGAUCGCAGCGGACCACCUGUGCUUCCCGAAGUCUCAUUAGCAAACAAUGAUCGGGCGUCGGCGACUACCGAAGCCUCUCGCGAUCAAUAAACUGCUGAGCCGAUAAGAGUGCGGCGGUUUGCCGAUCUAGGGCUGUCAUUACGAAUCUUCAUCAAACCUCAAAAAUUUUACCAUCUACAUAACUUUUUACUCGUCAUUUCAUACACAUCAGUAAAAUUUAGAGAAAUUCUGACGAAGUAUUUUUUCGUAUUUGCCAUUUUAACACGCUUUUUCACUUAAUAGAUGAUUUAUUAUUUACAUUUUAAAUUAGCAGAGAGUUUUAAGGUGCCCAGUUCAUUCGAUCGAUGUCAAUAGACCGUUAGCAGUUGGCAGCCCUACGUCAGAAGCGCGCACGCCGCAGGCGACACAUCCAUAUUCCUGUGACGUGUUUUGACAACCAGGCUUGAGGCUGGGCAACUUUUUCGUCGUCUUUUUUACCACAUUUUUUGCUGCACAGUUCAACGACCCUGCUCCACUCAUAAGUGUUAUUUUCACAUGUAAUUACACCUCAUAACCGACCGCUUAAUUACUCGUAACUGCUGCGACGUCCGGACCCGAAUCCGAUCAGAAAAAACCUAAUCCGGCGCCGGUCUUGUAUUACGCUUCGUUAAACUUCGGCGCGGCUAAUAAUAGCCUUCAACACCUACAAUUCACACUUUGCAUAGGACUGUCGAAUGCGUCUUGUCUCUCUACAUAAUACAUUUUUCUUGCCAAUAUACAUGUCAAUUACAACCAUUAUCAUACUGGUACAUUUGUUUGUCACUGACCUAUGAGUUUAUUUCCACUCAAAUGGUGGCGUUACUGAGCCAAUAGGUAUUGCGCCAGCCAUUCUUAAAACUAGUCACUUAUCUUCGACGUAUAAGAUUUUUCACUUUUAUUUUAUGUAUUUGUGAUAAAUUCAUUUUGAUAUCAUAUUAUUUGCAUUUAGCGGUAUAUUUUAUGGUGUAUUUUAAAGGAUAACUUUUUUUGGUAUAUAAAAAUGUAAAUGAAUUGUCAAAAAUGUAGGUAAGAUAAACACAUUAUGCACAUAAAAGGAAGACGUUCUUCAAAUGUAGAUUAUGCCAAAAUGGUGUGUUUUUUGUUUGAAUUUAUUACUUGAGUCAAGAGGUUGUGUUUGGUUCAGUCAUUUGUAAAUGAGCACAAGAAAUGGCACCACGUAUAUGAAUUAAUGUAAUAUAUUAUAAAAAUAUACUAUUGAUUUUGUCUAGGUAUUUUUUGGAAAUGUAUAAUAUUAUUUGACGUAGCAUAAUUAAACUGAUGGUAUAGAACGUGUAUAUUUUUUUUAUAUUUUGUGUAACUUGAGACGACAUGACAUCAAUAGUUUCAUCCAAGAUUAAUGUGUAUGUAUACCCAAGUGUGCGAACAUCAAAAACCGCUUAAUCUAAUAGGAGAAAUUCCUCAAUUUGUAACUGUUUUAUUGGGGACAGGAGUAGGAGGCUUUACACCUCUGUGCUAUCAUAUAACCAAUUUGUUGUAAGAGAAAUUCAUAGUCACUCGAAUAAUUCCCGUACGACGAGUCGACUCUGGCUCAUGGCAACACUACCAUUUAAACUUUUAUGUGGUCGAAUUACAGUCAGCUAGCUUGUAUUAAACGAUUAUAAUGUGCCUUUUAUUAUUAAGCGAGUACUUACAUGUAUAUGGUAUAAUGAUUUAAUUAAACAUUUGUCAUAGAGUAACGAUAAGUUGCGGCUUGUUCCCGGUUCAGUAACAUCGUAACAUCAGUUUAAUUGCAUGUAAAUAGUAAGUAUACUUAGUUAUAAUACAGCUUUACAAGACUGUUGUCCUUAUUUUAGAUAAACGUUACAUCACAUUGACGAGUUGACGGCCUUUAAUAAACGCGUUGGAAGUUUUCCUUAACGUUUUCUACGCGUAUUUUGAUAUUUUGGUCAGUAACUUGGAGUAUUGAUUGUUAUGCGUGUUAAUGUAUAUGAAUGCAUAAUAAACUUUUGUAAAUGUAGAACAUACUAGCUUGAGAUAUGUUACUAUCAAUAUUUUUGUACUGAAACGUUGUACAGUAAAAACGUUUAUAACAAUGUAAUACCAAUUUGGUUGAUCGCAUUAAAUAAAAUUGUAUCUACUUUCGUCACUUUUAUUCUUCGAAUUGU